CUCCGGUACACCAAACUUCUGUAAAAUCUGUUGAACUCAGUUUUCGGAUCUACGAUUACCACCACUACGACUAGUACUAUAUAUGUCUAUGUUUCUCCCAAACUCAAGAAAUUGAAUCAAUGGAACCUCAAAUGUGUUUCGACUGUCUUCAACGUCAAAUUCAAACCGAUUUCUCCGACAGACUCCUUUUCAAUUAUGCCCUCGCCGGUUCCGCCCUUCCCUUCGGCUCCAACGCCGUUGUUCAGGUCUUAAAUUCUGAUGGGGAGGUUUCACCUCACUUCAUUUUGAUGUAUUUGCGGAUUAAUAAAGAUGCUUGCUUCACCAAGUACAUCAACGAGCAUUGUCCAGAACAGCUGACUGGAAAUAACUGUAAAACAAAGGAUGACACACCUUUACCGGUACUACUUCAAGACCAGCAAGAGGUGAGUACUGGGAAUCUUUGUCACAAACCUGUUCCUUUAGAAAUUAAAGCAAAUGAACCUCUAUUUUUGUCAAAUGGUGGGGGAAAGACAUCUUUACCUGGAUUAGGCUGCAGCAGUUCAACCUGUUACUUUUCUACAAGGUUUUCUUGCAUGAGGACGCUUACGGCGUUGGCUCCAGUUUCUCAGAUUGGCCCUGCAUCAUUUCCUGCUUUUGAGGAGCUCACUUCAAGUUUCUUGUCUGGGAUUUCAGAAGAUCAUGUAUUGCACUCGCUUAGUCUUCUGAUACAAGGAAAAGCAACAGGACGAGAUAGCAUAAACUUUCUUAAUUUGGUUGGAGUACCCUCAUUUACUGAAACUAGUUUUCCUGGUUGCCUAAGACAUCCAAACAUAGUACCAAUCUUGAGCAUGAUGAAAUCAUCCACCCAUAUCAAUUUAGUACUACCAAAAACUCCUUAUACCUUGGAAAACAUUCUUCACUACAGCCCUGAUGCCUUAAAGUCGAACUGGCAUAUUAAGUUUUUAAUGUAUCAACUACUCUCUCCCUUGAGAUACAUGCAUGGCUUAGGGAUUUCCCAUGGUAGCAUAUGCCCAUCCAAUGUAUUACUAACUGAUUCCUUCUGGUGUUGGCUGCAUAUCGGUGAUACACUACAAUCAAACUCCAACUUAUCCAGAAGUAAAAUGUCCAAUGCUGCUUCCCCUAGAAAGAUUGGUUGUUGCACCAAAGGCUGUCAUUCAAGUGAACUCUAUGCUGGUUUGAAGCUAUCCCAUCCUACAGAUUGGCAUACUGGGUUUGUUCGUUGGUGGAGUGGAGACAUGAGUAACUUUGACUAUCUGCUCUUCUUAAACAGAGUAGCUGGUAGGAGAUGGGGAGAUCACACUUUUCACACUGUUAUGCCAUGGGUUAUUGAUUUCAGUGUAAAACCUGAUGAGAAUAAUGACACAGGUUGGCGAAAUUUGAGUAAAAGUAAGUGGCGCUUGGCAAAAGGUGAUGAACAGUUGGACUUCACAUAUUUAACAUCGGAAGUCCCACAUCAUGUUUCAGAUGAAUGCCUCUCAGAACUAGCUGUCUGUAGCUACAAAGCAAGAAGGUUGCCUUUAAGUGUUUUGCGUACUGCUGUUCGUUCAGUCUAUGAACCAAACGAGUAUCCCUCUACAAUGCACAGGCUUUACCAGUGGACCCCAGAUGAAUGCAUCCCUGAAUUUUACUAUGAUCCACAGAUAUUCCAUUCUCGACAUUCUGGGAUGUCUGAUUUAGCAGUACCUUCAUGGGCAGGUAGCCCUGAGGAGUUUAUUAGAUUGCAUCGAGAUGCUUUAGAAAGCUAUCGUGUAUCAUGCCAGAUUCAUCAUUGGAUAGAUAUUAUCUUUGGGUACAAGAUGUCAGGGCAAGCAGCUAUUGCUGCAAAAAAUGUCAUGUUGCCCCCUUCAGAACCUACAAAGGCCAGAUCGGCGGGACGUCGUCAGCUCUUUAGUCUACCCCAUCCUGCUCGUUGGGGUGUUAUAAAGAAGGCUUGUCAACAUAACACUGAUUCAGCUUUGAGUCAAAGGCAAAUGAAUGAAGUUGAGAGUGUGAAGCAUCUGCUUCAUGAUACUUCUAAUUUACGAGCACUAGAGGAAGCAGCUACAUUCAUUGAACAUGCUUCCAAUUUGAGUCCUCUGUAUAGAAAUGAUCUUGUAACGGACGACUCUGCUUCAGAAGAAUCCAUAAGUCAAGCAAAAGUUGCAAAUGACACAUUUGAAUAUGGCACAUACUCCAAGUUGCCGUCAAUUAUUGAUAUAAAUUUCCUUCUUCAGACUAUUGAUUCAGAUGAUAAUAGUACUCCAGGAUAUCAAGAUUUCUUUCUAUGGAAGCAGAAAGCAUCUCGUUCACCAAACCUUUCUGUAGAUAUUGCAAAUGAUGUAUUUUCGAUUGGCUGCAUCUUAGCAGAACUACAUCUGAAGAGGCCACUGUUUAAUCCAACUUCCUUAACCCAGUACUUACACAGUGGUGUCCUGCCCAAGUUGAUGCUGGAACUUCCCCCUCAAGUUAAUAUUCUUGUUGAAGCAUGCAUUCAGAAGGAAUGGAAUAGGAGACCUUCUGUCAAGUCUCUUUUGGAAUCUCCCUACUUCCCUGCAACUGUUAGGUCAUCGUACCUGUUUCUAGCUCCACUUCAAGUUUUAUCAAAAGAUGGAUCUCGGCUUCAUUAUGUUGCGAGUUAUGCAAAAUGUGGAGCUUUGAAAUCAAUGGGAAAUUUCGCAGCUGAAAUGUGUGCACCCUACUGCCUACCUCUUUUACUCGCACCUUUAUCUGACACUGAAGCAGAAUGCGGUUAUAUAAUGCUAAAAGAAUUCUUGAAGUGUCUGAACCUGAAAGCUGUGAAGGCACUUAUCUUGCCUGUGAUCCAGAAAAUUUUGCAGACCAUAGGUUAUUUACGUAUGAAGGUUUCUCUUCUUCAAGAUUCGUUUGUACGUGAGUUAUGGAGCACGAUUGGUAAACAAAUAUAUUUAGAGAAUAUACAUCCUAUGGUUCUAUCGAAUUUGUAUGUUUCUCCUCAUAAGAGUUCAUCUGGAGCUGCCUCGGUGCUUUUGAUUGGCUCAAGUGACGAGCUUGGUGUACCUGUUACAGUUCACCAGACAAUAUUACCUUUGAUCCACUGUUUCGGGAAGGGGCUUUGCAGUGAUGGAAUUGAUGCCAUUGUUAGAAUUGGUGGUCUUUUUGGAGAGACUUUUAUCGUCAAACAGAUUCUUCCAUUACUGAAAAAUGUCGUACGUUCUUGCAUCGAUGUCUCCAAUGUUAGUAGACCCGAACCUGUGCAGAGUUGGAGUUCCUUGGCUCUUAUUGAUUGUCUAAUGACAUUAGAUGGGAUAGUGGGAUUAUUGCCAAAUGAGGUGGUUGUCAAAGAGCUGAUUGAGGAUGGAGGUUGCCUCUAUAUUCAGCUUCUUAUGAUGGCCAAUUUGGGAAUUCCAGUAUUUCAGGUUGCUGCUACAAGUCUUGUUGCAGUUUCCCAGCAGAUUGGACCAGAAUUAACAUCAGUGUAUGUCAUGCCGAAACUCAAAGAACUCUUCGAAAAACUUGCCUUCUCUGAGGAAACUCGCAGUGGUCCUGGUUGUGGAAGUCAGAAAGCUUCUAAAAAUAAAGUCGAGGACGAGCAAAUGGAAAACAAAAUGGAUCUUGUGUUGCUUCUAUAUCCACCUUUUGCAUCUCUUCUUGGAAUAGAGACACUUCGUCAGUGUUGUACCACAUGGUUGAUUCUUGAACAGUAUCUUCUGUGGCAUCAUAAUUGGAAGUGGGAGUACACAGAGGAAUCUUCUCGUGGUGCUGUGGACAUAAAUGCCAGAAGGGCAAGUUACAGCAAGAACCCAACUGCUGAAUACAAUCCUGCUAAAAUGCUACUUCAUGGGUUUGGAUGGUCAAUACCUCAAUCACCAGGAGAUAAAGGUGCCAAAAACUCAAGACCUCAUAAGCGACAACAUGAUCAUCAAAAUAACUCUGCGCAGAGGCAUGUGACAACCUCAACAACUAGAGAGCAGGAACCCUGGCAUUGGUUCCCUAGUCCUGCACCUAGCUGGGAUGGACCGGAUUUUCUUGGUCGCAUUGGGGCUUCAAGUAAUGAAAUUCCAUGGAAGAUCAGUGCAUCUGUAGUACACUCUGUCCGCGCCCACCAUGGAGCACUCAGGUCGUUUGCUGUUUGCCAAGAUGAGUGUACCUUUUUUACAGCUGGAGUUGGUCCAGGAUUUAAGGGAUCUGUCCAGAAGUGGGAUUUAUCAAGAAUCUCUUGUUCAUCUGGAUAUGAUGGCCAUGAAGAGGUUGUGAAUGAAAUUUGUGUCCUGGCUUCUUCUGAAAGAACUGCUUCUUGUGAUGGUACAAUUCAUGUUUGGAAUAGCCAAUCAGGAAAAAAUAUAUCUUUCAUUGCUGAACAUUCUGCACAAUAUGGGAACUCCUCGACUUCUGCAUCAAGGAUACAUUCCGACCAAGCUAAUAUGCUUGACUUUAGCUCACUUGGCACUGGAAUUUUGAGUAGCGCCUAUGAUGGGAGUUUGUAUACGUGUAUGCAUCACCUGGAAACUGUAAAUAGGCUCGUGGCAGGUACCGGAAAUGGUUCUCUCAGAUUCAUCGAUAUCGAUCAAGGUCAAAAACUUCAUUUGUGGAGGAGUGAUCCUGUUGAAUCCAGUUUUCCUUCUCUAAUCUCUUCCAUAUGCUCAUGUGGUUCUACUAAUGGUGGUGCGACUUCACCAUCCUGGAUUGCCGCUGGACUAAGUUCUGGUCACUGCAGGUUGCUAGAUAUGAGGAGUGGAAAUUUAAUUACAUCAUGGCAAGCUCAUGAUGGAUAUGUUACAAAGUUAGCUGCUCCGGAGGACCACUUGCUUGUUUCUAGCUCACUUGACAAGACUUUGCGAGUUUGGGACCUCAGAAAGAAUUUGGCAUCAGCAUUAAUGGUAUUCAGAGGUCACAACGAUGGUGUAUCUGGUUUUUCUAUUUGGGGACAAGAUGUUAUUUCAAUAUCCAGAAGUAAGAUUGGCCUUUCUUCCUUGUCUCAACAGGAGGGGCAACAUCGGAUCACACCGCAAUACCUGUACACAGGGGAUCGUGAGUCAAGGAACAUGUCGGUGUUAUCUAACAUAACCAUUCUUCCGUUUUCACGACUUUUUCUGGUUGGAACGGAAGAUGGUUACCUAAAGCUCUGUUCUUAGCCAUUGUGUAUAUUUUGGUUGUGACAUUUUAACAAGCACCAUUUGAUGUUUUAUUUAUUAAGAUGUGAAUAAUUUAGUCAACAAAUAUAAACUUGUAUUAUUUUAUCGGUGUUUUUA